UGAACUUAAGUUUUGAGGUGUAAACUUCUCGCCAUGGAUUGGUGUGGGAUAUCUGCUUCAAGAUGUGCCAUACAAAAGUUAGUAUUACGAGGCCAUUUGGCACGGUACUUGGUGCGUGAUCACACGAACGUGGCAUCACUCACGUUGAGCUUCAACACCCUUGUAUUCUUCGCUCACUUUACGCUUCUCCUCAUCGAGUUCGCUUCUGGAUGAUCCGUCACGUUAUUCACCGAAGUGCUUCCAGUCUACGAACCACCCAAGAAUUCGACUAUGUCAUCGUCGGUGGAGGUUCGGCCGGGUGUGUCCUCGCCAACCGACUGAGUGCCGAUGCGUCCAACUCCGUGCUGCUGGUGGAGACUGGACCCAAAGACCGUGGGCUUUUCGACUCCAUUCGACUGGCGAUGCCUGCCAUGUUGACUGCCAACCUCAUCGAUGACCGGUACAAUUGGAACUACGUCACAGAACCGCAACAACAUUUAAACGGACGUCGCCUGACAUGGCCCAGGGGACGAGUUCUAGGCGGUUCCUCUUCUAUUAACGCGAUGAUCUACAAUCGAGGUCAUGCACUGGACUACGACGACUGGCAACAGGCUGGAGCCGACGGAUGGAGCUACGCAGACUGCUUGCCAUACUUUAAGAAGGCUCAGACCCAUUCACUCGGAGCUGACGAGUAUCGUGGAGGUGAUGGCCCGUUAAACGUAACCAGAAGAUUACAGCGAGACCAGCCGUUGUACCAAGUAUUCCUCGACGCUGCGAUGCAGGCAGGGUAUCCAUUCACAGACGACGUGAACGGAUACCAACAGGAAGGUGUAGGCUGGUUGGAUCAUACGAUCCACAACGGACAGAGAUGCAGUGCUUCUGCUGCGUAUCUGACAGACUCUGUACUAGCACGAGAGAACUUGAGUGUUGUUACUGAUACGUUUGUGAACAAAGUGGUGUUUGAAGGGAAGAAGGCCGUCGGAAUCGAGACUGAGCCGAUCAAAGCUGAUGGAAACCCGCCGACCCAAAUCCGAGCGAAAGAGGUGAUUCUGUCGAGUGGAGCGAUCAAUUCUCCACAGUUAUUGAUGUUAUCCGGUGUGGGAGACGCCGAGCAUUUGAAAAAGGUCGGAACACCCUUAGUACACCACCUCCCAGCAGUAGGACAGAACAUGGAGGAACAUCUCGGCGUUUACUUGCAUGUAGCAUGCAAGAAACCUGUGACGCUGUACCAUGCAACACCCCAUUUCCCACACAAGAUGGUGUGGAUGGGGAUCCAGUGGCUGGUGUCCAAGACUGGCAUGGGCACCUCGUCACACAUUGAAGUCGGCGGGUUUUUCCGCAGUGCACCGGGCAAACGCCAUCCUGAUCUUAAGUGGCAAUUCCUGCCCGGUGCAAGUGACGAAAACCGGCAACUCUUGCGUGACGGCCACGCUAUGAUGCUUCAUUGUACCCCGCUACGCGCAACGAGUCGAGGAUACAUCAAACUGCGUAGUGCAAACCCGCGAGAUAGUCCCGUUAUUCAGCCUAAUUACUUGGCAACGGAGACUGAUCGUGUGGACAUGCGCAAUGGCGUGAGAUUGACGCGAGAAGUGCUAAAACAACGAGCAUUUGAUGAAUAUCGCGGCGAAGCGAUAUCUCCAACUGAUGAAGUGCAGUCUGAUGCUGAAAUUGACGCGUGGAUUCGACAAUAUGCUAGUACGGAUUACCAUCCGUCGAGCACGAAUCGAAUGGGUAAAGAGGCCGAUAAAGGCACGGUAGUGGACGCUCAAACACGCGUUCAUGGCUUGGAAGGACUGCGUGUAGUGGACGCGUCGAUCAUGCCCAACAACGUCAGUGGAAACCUCAACGCACCCACUAUUAUGCUCGCUGAAAAAGCUGCUGAUAUUAUCCUCGGCAAACCGCCGCUACCCAAGCUCGAUGCUCCGGUGUAUGCAGCUAAGAACUGGGAGACAAGUCAGCGAUGA